AUGGAGAUCGACUCUCUCUGGCACUCCGCGUUUGGCGAAACUUCUACCCGGCCUGUUCUCUACAGUUCUGAAGAGCUCAACGAUGAGGGAUGGCGACCACUCACCGACCCCCAAGCUUUCAUCUUGAAUCUCGCCAAACUCAACCAUCAACAGCUGUAUGCUGCAAGUUCAAAUAAUCAGAUCGCCAUGAAAAUCGCCCAAGACGAAUACCUCGAGAUCGAGGGCCAGAUCGCAGCGAUCAGAGGCAGGACUAGUCCCAGAAAUCCUCAAACGCUGCAAGCACCAGAUGAGUUCCAGGAAAGGCAGGAAGCUGCGUUGUACGGCUACAAAUACGAUGCCCAUCGCCCUGCCCUGCUCCAUGCCGGUAUCCCUGGCCUCAGAUCCGCUGAUGACCUAAGCGAGCGCGAGAAGCAAGACGUCCGCUUGUUUCAAGAGCCAUUUGAACAGGGCGGCUUUGUUCCCAAGGAACGCGAGUACAAGGCCAUGGUCGCCAAAGCACGGGACCCCAAUAACAUCGACGGGUGGGAACCGGUCAUUGACAGCACUGGCCGCCGACUGAUUCCGAGACAACAAGUCCAUCAUGACGAGUACAACAUCACAUAUGUUAAGCGCAAUGUUGAUGCGAACGGCGAGAUUGUUCGACCUGUGUCUCCCGAGGGCAAUGAAGCUCACCAAGGUGAAACUCCAGACAAGGCAGUCAACAAGCGCUUGACUAGAACACGCUUCGACGGCAAGAAGGUCCCAACCACUCGCGACGUGUCCGAGGAUCCUUCUGCAGCUUCGACACCCCGUGGCCGAAAGCGAGGCAGCCCUUCUGGAGGGGACAGCCGGGAAGACACCCCCAGCUCCAAGCGUCAGAAAGUCGGCCUACCCGUCAACGGUGAAGAGCAGCCACGGCCAAAGCACCCGAAUCAAUACACCAAAGCCAAGGAACGAGCAGCAAAGGAGCAAGAGCCGACCGUGGCCGGCACGCCUGCACCCGAAGCUCCCACCAAAGCGGCCUCCACAUCGAGAGUACACUGGCGAGAGUUGUCGGCGGAGGACAAAUACAAUCAUAGUUGGACGAACGCAGAGUUGCAUGAAGCGGUUAGAGAAGAUCACUUGUGGCUCAAUACCGACCCCGUCAAGGCAGAGCAUUGGAAGAACAAGCUGCUGCAAAAUGAAAAUCCCAUUCGAAGUUUCGCCAUGUUCAAGAAGUGGCGUUUCUGGAAGCAGCGAGGUCUAGACAAGAGACCGCGGAACAAGGAACUCUUCAAUGGAGACGGGACAACCAACAAGGAGAACGUGGGCACAUCGCAGACUCAAAAGUCUCGACGACGAGCUGCCAAGCCGAAGAACGCCAGCGCCAUAUCCACACCAGGUGACACUCCGGCCGCCACGCCGACCCCGACCCCAGCUCCAGAAGUUCCCCGAGGUCGAGACACGCCAGAGCGAGCGGCAACCCCACCGUCGAAGACCAAAAGAACCAAGUUCCCUGGAAGCAAGAGAAUGGAUAGUGAAGUCCCUCAACGGAGAGGUUCGCAAGAAGAGACAGACAAUACCAAUGGGACUGCCGAGGCAGAUCAGGCAAGCUCAGAGUCACGAUCACCCAAGAAGGCCGCAGGGCAGUCCUCCGGAAAGCAAACUGGAAACGCAAUCUAUGCAACGGGGCGCGAACUCAGACGGCCGAGCUUGAAGCAGCAAGGAAGUGACUCAACCAUCUUGGUCGCUAGUGGUACUGCAGCUACGACGAGUUCCAACGGCACGCCACCGAGGAGGUCCCUACGCAUUCGGAGACCGAGUGCUUGA